ACCGGUAUCAGCCACUGGGGAGGCACCAAAACCAGCAGUCGGUGUGAAUGCAAGUCAUCCUGACUACUACGGUCCGGAGUUUUCUGUUUCUAAACCCACCUGCUCUGACUACACUCACUCAUUCAGGGCUAUAGAAGCUAAUCCUUUCAGUUCUCGUUUCGGAGCAGCAAACGUUUUUUAGCAACUUGUUAGCUUUGCCACCGAAAACCCACAUGGAUCCCCAAAACGUAAACCCCGAGUCGAAGUUGUUGCUGAACCAAGCUAAAACCCUCCGAUUCCACACCGGGAACUUAGUCAACCGAAGUCGGAUGAAGAAGAAGUGUCCGGGCUCCACCAGCGAGGAGCUUCGAGACUGCAUUCAAGCCACCCUUAGGGACUGGAUGUCCACAAAGAAACUAUCAACUACGGACUCCCCAGAUACUUUGGUCUGCUCCAUCCCUGAGGCCACAGAUGCCAUCACACCUGAAGAAAGAGAGGAAGUCAAGGUUUCUGUUAAGCUCUUCCUGUGUGAGUCGGGUCAGUCGGCUAUCGGAGAUGCAGUGGAGAUGGCCUGUAAGACGCUGGCUGUGUCCCAGUUAGACUCUGUUAUCAUAGUGCCACCUGGGCCUCUGGAGGGCAACAGCCAAACUCUGGCUGAUCUGCAGCGGGUGUGGGAGGAGUUGGAGGGUCUGGUCAGGAGCCAGAAGAUCGCAGCCAUCGGCACAUCCGAUCUGGACAAAGACCUGCUCGAGCAGCUCUACAACUGGGCUCAGGUGAAGCCCAGCAGUAAUCAGGUCAACCUGGCUUCCUGCUGUGUGAUGCCUCCUGACCUCACAGCGUUCGCUAAAGAGUUUGACAUCCAGCUGCUCACACACAAUGAUCCCAAAGAGUUGAUGUCAGCUGCCACAUUCCGGGAAGCGAUGCAAGAGGGAGCUGAGGACCUGAACAUCACCGACUGGAGGCUGGAGUGGGUCCUCCGCUACUCUGUUAUCGUCAAGAGCCGAGGCAUCAUCAAGUCCAAGGGCUACCUCGUCAGUGCGACGAGAGCCAGCCCCUAGCACUCUGAAAAAGACGCGUGGAUCAAGCCAUUUUCCUCCUUGAAUAAGAGAAGCCCCUGUCUCCGAGUCACUGUUAAAUCUUCUUGAUAGGGUCAUUUCUUCCACAUCUGUGGUUUUUUCUGUUAAAGAGGUGCAGGUAGUGAGAUUGAACGAGAAAUAACAGAUCAAACUCUUUCUGUUUUAUAAAGAAGAUUUAUGAAGGAAGUUGAACAGAUUUUGCCACAAGUAGUUUAUAAACACACAAAAAAACUGUAAUAUAAUUUCAAAAUGUUGGCUGCUUAACUCUGUUCCAAGUAGAAAUGUGUUCUGAUGUAAAGUGCCUCUCUUCCAUAGUUGCUUGUUCUCCACUCUGUGAAGGCAGCUUUAAAUCUGUCUAAAUGAAACAUUGUAAAUUAAACCAAACUAAGAAUAAAUACCAGAUGUUAAUUUUUUAAAAGAAAACCAAUGGAAACAGACGCCAAAAAUUGGGACUUGCUUUAUAAAACAUUCCUUUAAUAGAAGAAAUUAGUGUACGGUUUGAAAAUGUGUAGUUUUGCUUAUAUCUUGAUUCAGGCUGAUGUAGAUUAACUGGUAGUUUAUCCAUGUGUGUAUGUGUGUAUAUAUAUAUAUAUAUAUAUAUAUAUAUAUAUAUAUAUAUAUAUAUACACACAUACACAUUCAUACAUACACAUGUGUGUGUACGUUUUUCUAAUCAGUAUUUUCUGACUGAAUAUUAGACGAGGCAUCACAUCAGGACGUUUCACUUUGAUGCUCAUCAAGUUAAUUUUAGUGACUGUAAAGCAAUAUUAGAAUGAACAGGCUGAUGUCCUUUAUAUGUUGUCAUAACUGCACUGGAAAGUCCACACUCAGAGGUGGAAGAUUGAAUUAGUUUUGAUGGGAACGCUUCUUGUUUUAGCAAAUGGUUGUUUUUUUUAGACAUGGUCCAGUGAAGCCUCCAACACUCUGUAAUGCACUCAUAUUUAAAAUGUCAUAUUUGUAUAUCAUGAAUUGGCUUUAAUAAAAUUAUCUAAAUGUCUUAUUUUA